AUGUCCGACGCCAAAUUUACAGCCCUCCAAGAUAUACCUGGUCAUAUAGCCUCAUUUUCAGCAUCGGCUUCAGACGGUCGUGUUCUUCAUACAUCUCGCACAGAAAAGGAGACAACAAAGGAAGCUCAGGCUGCGCUGAGAUUAUUGCGCGAUGCCACACGUAUUGCUCGACAGGUGCCCGAGUUGGAGCAUGAGCGAUUACAGCGUAUCACAGCCAUGACCGACAUUGCCAUGCCGCUGCCGAAAGGCUGGAAACCUAAGCAACAGCUCGAUUGGGGCUGGUUGCCUGUGCUUGUUGUUAUUGCAAUCAUUGCUUUUGUUUAUUGGGUGUAUCUUGAUCCAUUAUGUCUCGCACUAUUACGCAUGGGCCACCGAGCGCAAGCCAUUGUAUAUUUAGUGUUUAUGAAUAUCGGCCUGGCCAUGGUGCUUAUCUCUUAUGCUCGGAUCGUCAGUUGCCGCCCUGGAUACCCAAAGGCAAGUAUUUAUCACAGUGUUGGCGGCGGUUGGAUUAUCGAUGUGCCACUCUAA